AUGGUCGACAGUAUUAAUUUCAUUUUACCAAAGAUUCCUACUUUAAUUUCUACAAUAAUUAGUCAUUAUAAAGAUGGCCCCCCUCAACCAUCAUGGGACUUAAAACUCCACAUGGCUUUUAUGGCUACUAAGCUUUCAAUUGAAUAUCUGUUUAAUACAGCAGUUGAAAAAUCCCAAGCGCUUUGCAAUAAACUUAAUGACAUUCCACAUGGUUUCGCAGUGGAUCAAUUUCGAAUUUCUAACAAGUACAGGAAGGAUGCACAACAAUAUAUUGAAAAAUUAAUGGAGGAAUAUGAACACGUGAUUGAUGAUGAAUGGAACAAAUUCGAUCAACUAGAGGAAUUAAGUGCAGAAUGGAUUUACGUGAAAGAAAAUGGUUUUAUGCAAAAGGAAAAUAAAAGUGUAAUUUUAUAUAUACAUGGUGGUGCUUAUAUUGUUGGUAGUACAGGGGCUUAUCGUGGCAUCACUUCGGACCUUGCAAAAGCUGCCGAUGCCCAUGUCCUUGCUAUUAACUACCGAUUGGCUCCUCAACAUCAAUUUCCCGCGGCCCUGCAUGAUGUAUUAGCUGCUUAUUUAUACCUUACUGGUCCACCAAAAGAUGCUGGCUUCGGCGCUAUUAAUCCUAAACAGAUCGUAAUAAUGGGUGAUAGUGCCGGGGGAGGUCUUACCAUUGCUACAUUACUGGCACUACGUGAUGCUGGUUUGCCGAUGGUUGCUGGCGCUGCUGCUUGGUCGCCAUGGGUUGAUCUUACACAUAGUAUGCCAUCCAUCUUAAGCAGAGAAUUCGACAAAUCUGAUUAUAUUCCACCUUAUCCUUUACAAUUGCCACCUUCUCAAGCUCAGGUGCAAUUCCUCGAAAAAUCCGAUGCACUCACUAAAAAAAUAAAACAAUCUAACAAGCCAAAAAUAUGGCAUAAUUCUUUUGAACGAGGAGCCCGGUUCCAAAAUUACGCCGCUAAUGAGGCUGUAUCAAUUCCUUAUGUAAGUCCCUUGUGUGCAGAAAGUUUAGGUGGAUUGCCACCCAUGUUGUUGACUGCGGGUGAUGGAGAAAGGUUACGUGAUGAGAUUAUUUAUCUUGCAUUUAAAGCUAGUCAGCCUUCAAAGUAUUUAUUGCCAAUAUAUAAUGCUGGCAAAUUUGAGAUAUCCCCAUUUAAAACACCUACAAAUGUCAUUCUUGAAAUUUAUGAAGAAAUGCCUCAUAUGUUCCAGUUGUACAGAUUCAACGAAGUAGCUAGAUUUUCCUUUCAACGUACGGCUGAAUUUAUUCGCGAAGCUUGUUCAUCAGCUUCAGGAGAAUUCACAUUAAACCAGAUAACAAACUCAUCAAAUUACAUUAGAAUAAGUACAAAUAAGCAAGUUUUGCCAUUAAAAGAAUCUCACUACGCGGUACUUGAUUGGCUAAAUGUCGGUUGUGCGCCAACUAUUGGUAUGAAUUCAUCUAAACAAUUUAAAAAGGAAGCUAAAACAAG